AAUUUCUUUAUUGUUGUAGAGUGUUUGUUCCCUCUUGCAUGUGAACAAAAUAUUUGAAGUAGGCAUUUCUGAAAGUCUUCGGGAGCAUGUAGAGUACUUGAAUUUGGAUAUCAUCACGAAGGCAGGUUCAUGCAUCACAACUGAGCUUGCAUAUGUCUAUGAAUUGGUCAUUGGUGUCGUAGAUAUAAAUAGGAGCAAAGAGAAGGGUUAUGCAACAUUGGUGAAAGAGGGUUUCUGUGAUGAGUUGGAUGAGCUGAGACAAAUAUAUGAAGAACUGCCGGAAUUUCUAGAACAGGAUACUUGAUGUGUGUUUUUGAAGAAAAAAUUGAUGAAGCCACACUAGAGAAACUUCAGGCUUUUGAGUUUGCAUUCUCUGAUUCUGAUGGGGAGACAAAAAGCUUUUUGUCAUUGGCAAUGGUUGCCCGUCAGAACAAUUAUGUGAGGCCUACUUUAACCACGGAACCCAUACUUGAUAUACAUAAUGGGAGGCAUGUUUUGCAGGAAAUGAUUGUUGAUACAUUUAUUCCAAAUGAUUCUAAAAUUCUAAGUGAUGGAAGGAUCAAUAUCAUCACUGGCCCUAAUUAUUCAGGGAAAAGCAUCUACAUAAAGCAGGUGGCUUUAAUUGUUUUUCUUUCCCACAUCGGAAGUUUUGUACCUGCAGAUGCUGCAACUGUGGGAUUGACUGAUAGGAUAUUCUGUGCUAUGGGGAGUAAGCUUAUGACUGCAGAACAAUCUACGUUUAUGAUAGAUUUACAUCAAGUAGGAAUGAUGUUGAGGCAGGCAACUUCAAGAUCUUUGUGCCUGUUGGAUGAAUUUGGUAAAGGUACUCUGACUGAAGAUGGCAUUGGUCUUCUUGGUGGAACCAUAAAUUACUUUUGUGCCUCAGAUGAUCCCCCAAAGGUUCUGGUGUGUACUCACUUGACUGAGAUAUUCACUGAGAGUUGCUUGCCAAAGUCUGAGAAGGUCAAGUUUUACACCAUGAGUGUGCUGCAGCCUGAAAAUAACUCGGCAGAUACUGAAGACAUCAUAUUUCUGUAUAGGUUAGUUCCUGGCCAUGCACUUCUGAGCUAUGGACUUCAUUGUGCGCUAUUAGCAGGUGUCCCAGAUGAAGUAAUAAAGAGAGCAGCGCAUGUACUGGAUUCUAUUAGAAACAAUAAACGUGUUGCACGAUUGAACAAUCAGAAUAUAUCAGCCCAUGACCAGCAAUAUCAGGCUGCACUGGAUAAAAUGUUGGCGUUUGAUGUUCUCAAGGGUGAUCUCAACACCUUCUUUAGAGAUUUAUUGCCUUACGAAUCCUAAAAGCAUGCCCUUAUGGUACAUUUCAGAAGCCAAUUAAGAGGUAGUGGAGCCAAAAAUUUUAUUAGCAUUUGAAACAUACAUUUACUUUGAUACCAUACUUGGAAUGAGCAUCAAAGAAUUCUGCAUUUUCAAUUCUUUUAACUCCUAUAAAUUUGAUAAAUUUAU